AUGCAUCUCUCGCUUCUCGGAGUGAUAGCGUCCCUGCUGGGAUCGUCGCUCGCAGUCUUCGCCGAUGAAGCCUGGAAUGUCGAUUAUCACUACGCCCUGGUCGGUCUGCCAAAAGAAGACACGACUCUGUUCCAUCAGCCACAUCCCAGCUCCAAAGCGUCUCUGAUCUACACCCUUUCCGAGGAAGGCGUGAUUGGUGCUGUCAACCCAAGGGACGGGGCACUGGUAUGGCGACAUGCACUGAGGGCCAAUACGACGCAGACCGCGUCUAGCUUCCUGCGAGCUGGACAAGGGCAGGACGUGAUUGUGUCCGGCUCCGAUCAUCACAUUGCCGCCUGGAGCGCUGUCGACGGUAGACUGGCCUGGACUCAGCACAUUGAGGGAGUUCUGGAAGACCUCGAGAUUCUGGAGCUUCACGAUGGCAGAGAGACGCCCGGCGCCAAGGACGCCAUUGUUCUUGCGAGUGGUGUCCAUCCCACACUUCAGCGACUGGACGGUGCGUCGGGCGCUGUCAAGUGGACGCACAAGCUUGAUAGUGGGGAUGUUCCAUAUCAAGUUUCUGCAUCCUCGACGGAAGUCUUCGCCAUCUUACUCCAUAAGACGCUGUUGGGCAACAUCAAAAUCAAACUGCUAGCCCUAGACCCCGUCAGUGGGCAUAAGAAUGACGAGUAUACCUUGAGUGCUGAUAGCGAGAUAUCUUCAACAGACCUCAUUGCGUCAGUUGGCGCCAACUCCGCGUCGCCCAUCAUUGCGUGGACCGACCCCGCGCAUAGCGUGCUCAAAGUAAACAUCAUUGGCACCAAGGGAGUCACUACGUUCAACAUCGACAAGCAUGGCGAUCAGGCUGUGACCAAGAUCCGACUACACGCGCCAUUCCACACAAACUCAUUGGCGCACUUCCUAGUGCAUUACGAGACAGCUACGUCACACUGGGCAGAAGUGUAUCACAUCGACCUCAAGAAGAGCAAAAUCGAGAAGGCGUAUGCACUGCCGAAGAUUAGUGGAAAGGGAGCCUUCUCUACCAGUACUUCAGAUGCAAAUGUCUACUUUACGAGGAUCACGCAGAACGAGAUCAUGACAGUAUCCUCCGUGUCAAAUGGUACCCUUGGAAGAUGGCCGAUAGUCGGUUCCAACUUUGGCGUGGUUGCGUCUCAAGGCGAACGCGUUGAGCCGGUUCACGCAGUGUCCGAAGUGUCUGUGAAGGGUGAUUCGGUAUCUGCAUUGCGGUCUGCUGUCCUUUUGACAACUGGCGACUGGGUCCUUAUCCGAGAGGGCACGCCUGUAUGGCAGCGACCGGAGAUAUUGGCAACAACAAUAGAAGCAGCAUUUGCGGCUCCGGUGGAGGUGGAAUCGUUCAAGCGCGAUCUCGAGAUUGAAGCGCACAGCAACCCACUCUCAGCCUAUUUGCAUCGCGUGAAGCGACACAUCCAGGAUUGGCAAAAGCUCCCAGAAGUGCUCUCGGACUUGCCGCAAAAGGUCAGAAGUGGACUUUUCGGCACCACCGCGGAGAGCGGGCUCACUGGCGAUGUUUUUGGUUUCCAUCAAGUGAUUGCUUGCGCUACCACAACAGGACGAGUCGUGGCAUUGGAUGCCGCUAACCCAAACAGAAUACUCUGGUCCAGGCAAGUACUGGACGUGGAUGCAGGUCAAAAGUGGGCUCCCAAGUUUGCCUCAGCCUCAGACGGAAUGCUGGUUCUCACGUCGGGAGAUAAGGUUCAUGAGUAUCGACUCAAUGCCACGAAUGGAGACACGGUACCCCUCACCACGUCUGCAAGCUCAGGAUCAUCCACGGCUGGCAGCGUGCAAUUCACCUUGCAAGAUGGCCAGCUUGAAGCAAUCAAGGCGGGCAGUGCUACUGCUGGGCCUCUGUGGCACUUCAUUACAUCUGAUCAUGAGCGCAUACUGAGUCUCAUUCCUCGGCCCGUCAACGAUCCUGUUGCUUCUAUUGGCAAAGUGCUGGGGGACCGGAGAGUGCUGUACAAGUAUCUCAGUCCAAACUUGGCACUGCUGGCCACAGCCAAUGAUGCUGCCAAGUCCGUGUCUUUCUACGUGCUGGACACAGUUUCCGGCGCUACUUUGUACGCGGAUACGCAUCCUAGAAUCGACCUCCUGGCACCCAUACCUUCCGUUCUUUCCGAGAAUUGGUUUGCCUAUUCUUACACCACCGAGUCCUCAGAUGGUACACCAAAGGGGCAUCAUUUUGUCGUGGGUGAGAUGUUUGAGUCUCUUGUGCCCAAUGACCGUGGACCACUGUCUGGCAGUACUAACUCUUCAAGCUUGCAAGAACCCGCGGAACCAUUUGUCUUACUCAGAUCUUACCAGAUCCCCGAAAGCAUCUCGAAGUUGGCGGUCACCCAGACCCGGCAAGGCAUCACUUCUCGACAGAUACUUGCCGUUCUAACAGACUCCACUUCUAUUGUCGGCAUUCCCUACGGCGUAGUAGACCCCCGUCGUCCGAUCGGCAGGGAUCCUACCAAAGACGAGCAAAUGGAAGGCCUGUCAAGAUAUACGCCUACUAUCGAGUUCGACCCGAAGUGGCUUUUGACACACAAGCGUGAAGUGAUUGGAAUCACGAACGUGAUCACGAGUCCCGCUCUUAUAGAAAGCACCAGCUUGGUAUUUGGGUACGGCCUGGAUAUCUUCGGCACCAGGCUCAGCCCAAGUUUCAGCUUUGAUAUACUGGGCAAGGAUUUCAACAAGUUCCAGAUGCUGGCGACUGUAGCAGCUCUAGCUGUGGCUACGUUUGUGGUUGCGCCACUAGUUGCACGGAAACAGGUCAAUGCGAGGUGGCAGUUUGCCUGA